UCUAGCCCAGUCACGUGUACAUGCUUUCGGUUUUAGAUGCGAGCUGCGACUGCGACAACACCAACAACACUUCGUUCGAAGUUUCAUGUUCUAAGAUGUAGUUCAUCAAUUUCGAAGCCAGCUAGACGUGUUCGUGGGUGUUGUGUUGGUGUCACUUGUGCGUUGAAAGCCGUGGAACAUUGUGAAAGAAAUUGAGGUGGCUGACGCGCCCGCUUUGUCUUGCGGGGCGUUGUUUCGAAACGGUGCACAAUGAGCAUUCGUGCCCUCUGCAUCGUUAGCAUACCGCACAAGGAUGCAGCAACAACCAUCUACUACAAGCGAUUUCCAACAUGCGAGUUGCGAGCCAAGCAGCUGGAAGGAUACGUGCCACUGCCCCCUCACAAGGGCUUGGCUGCUGCCUUGGCGAAUUGCCUGGAUGACACGGAUCUGCGGUCAUGGCGGGAACAUGUGGACCAGCCACUUCAGCUGCCCGCACUGGAGCUGUCCACCACCCAGGGGACUCUGUGGCCAUUCGUCUUUGUGCAGAAGGAUGGGCUGUACUUUGGCUGCCUGCCACUUGUGUCUUUACCACCAGGGAAGCGCCCGGAUUUGCUUUCACUCCCUGAGGUGACCACCGCCCUGCUGGCAGUCGAGGCGGUCAUUGAAGUCCUGGGGAGUAGCAUCGCCUCACUCAAUGCGGGCUCUGCACAGUUAAUGCAGGUGGAAGAGUUCCUUUCGGUGGCUGCCCCCUUCGGCCUGUUGCAGUUCACCCAGCCAAGUGUGGUGCAGGACAUCCUCAGGGACAAAGAGCUCUCCCCGCCAGUGGAUGGGGCCACCAAGGUGCCUGCAUGGAGGCCAACGGCAUUCCACGGGAAACCAGUGCUGCGCAUACAGCUUCGAGAGGUUGUUCACUCCACGCAGUGUGAGCGGCCCGACGUGAGCCCCACGGCCCAGGUGUCGGGAAGCCUGCGGGUGCAUGCAGAGCUGGAAUGCCGGGAACUCUCCGUUAGCUUGACUUCCAGCGAGACGCUGUCGCCCACGCUGGCAGCUGGCGUGCGGAUCACCACCCACCAAGGUGCACAAGGUUCCACGACGUGGUGCAUUCACAUGAGCCCACCGCCUACGCACCCUGUUGACGCCCUGCGCUACUUCCUGCCGCCAUCGGUUGCAGUGCCACCCAUCUUGGGCCUGUACUCCAUGAGGGGGGACAAGCGUAUUGAUUUUCUUCUCCAACUGAAGCUGCAAGCAGGCAUCAAGAAUGCAUUCCAGUCACUGGAUGUUAGGAUUCCAUUCUUUAACAGGGGGCGCAUCAAGAAGUCGAGCCUGAUGCCCAGCUGUGGCAGUGUCUCCCUGGCCAGAGACAAGUGCAGCCUGCUUUGGACGAUCGGGCAAAAGUUUCCAGCGUCUUCUCAGGAAGUCUCAUUAACGGGCACAGUCCACUUUGAAGAACAACCAGCAGACAUCAACGCUUCUACGCUCUGCACGGGCCUCACGUCUUACGUACAGGUAGAGUUCCGAAUGACGAGUCGGACAUUGAGUGGAUGCAGCCUUGAUCCCAAGUCCAUCUUGGUUACACCUCCGGCCAAGUUCAAACUGCUUGUUGAUCACGAAGUUGAGUCGUUGGAGUAUCGGAUCUGGAACAAGUUCGGAGAAGUGCCCUUUGCCAUACCAGCGGUGGCUGCGGACUGAUCUCAAGAGUGGUAACUUCUCAGAUCAAGUGUUUUUGUGAUAUAAUAAAAUCACGAAAUCAGUUUUGAAA